AUGGCAUCUGAAUUCAAUCUUGUGAAAAUCUUCAGGUGGGUCGAUGAUAAUUUAUUCGUCAAGAACCUCACAUCGGAAACAGAAAUGAAAGACAUCAUAGCAAGAUCGGUCAAACUCGGAGUCCUGACGAACGAACAGAAAUGUUCUGUAUUCUCAGACGAACAAAAGUUUAUCGGUUUUUUAUUGAAAUGGAGCUCCCCAAAACCGUGGGCGAUUACCCUCAGAGAAACUAGACCAGAGGAAAGCGCAGAUCUCAGUCUUCUUGGACAAAUCGAAAAACUCAGGUGUUAUCUUCGAGGCCUCUACAGAUGGCUAAUAGAUUGGUUUGAUCUAAACGCAAGACGAUACACACCACAAGACGUUUUUGAUGACUUGACGCGCUGGUCCGAAACAUUAAACACUUUCAAACACACCAGACUAAUAUCGUCAAGCGAACCAAUUGAUAUCGGAUGGGUCGGGGAUGCAUCCACAAGUUUUGGAGUAGGGGUGAUGAUAGGGAAGUACUGGAGCCAACUGAAAAUUUUGAAGGAGCGGAACGUCGACCUACCAAAACGUAAUAUUGCUUGGUUGGAGACAGUGGCAGUCAGGGUUGGUUUAAUUAUGUUACAACAGUUGAACCGUUUCAAGAAAGGGUCCAACCUACUAGUCUGGACAGACAAUACUACGACUGAAUCCGUCAUAGAAAAGAGGAAAUCAGGCGACAAACAUGUCAAUGACGAGUGGAAGAUAAUACAAGACCUGCUCUUAUCAGAGGAAGUUGAUUUAACCGGAAAGAGGGUGAAAUCAGAUGAUAAUAUUGCAGAUAAAUUGUCGAGAGGGGAAUCUUGUGGGCUGUUGGACUGCAACAGGGUCUUGUUUCGGAUUCCUGACGAAUGGGUCCCUUAUUUGUGUCACACCUGA